GGAGCGAGAUUAGAGUCAUCGCCGGAGCCAGAAACAGUUCAGACAAGAAAGAAGGGAUGUCGAGAGGAUCUCGGCUGGUUAGGGCUCCAGGGCUCUUACUCUGUCGCUCUUAUCUUCACCCUCAACCCAAAAUCCCAGCUUUGUCAUACCGUCUUCGCUCUGGUUAUCCUCUUCAUAAAAAUGGUUUCUCCAGUUUCAUCAGACGUAACUCAAUUCAAACAUCUCCCACUAUCAAUGCCUUCCUCACAGAUCCCUCCCCAUCCCCAUCCCCGAUUCGUUUUGUUCAACGGAGUUCAAUGCUCAAUGGGCGUCUGUUCUCGACUUCUACUCCUAACCCCGACCAAGCCGACACCAAGUCUAAGGAAAUCAAACCGGCCAAGCCGGACUCAGAGUCAGCAAUGGCUGACAUGAAGAUUCUCCGCACGCUUGCUGGCUAUUUGUGGAUGAGAGACAACCCAGAAUUCCGCUUCAGGGUCAUCGCUGCUUUGGGUUUUCUCGUGGGUGCUAAGGUCUUGAAUGUCCAGGUCCCUUUCCUCUUCAAAUUGGCAGUUGAUUGGCUUGGUUCAUCUACCGGAACCGGCGCUUCUCUCACCACCUUCGCCGCUGCAAACCCUUCCCUUGUUACUGCUUUUGGUACUCCUGCUGCCGUCCUUAUUGGAUACGGAAUUGCUCGGACGGGUUCUUCUGCUUUUAAUGAACUUCGUACUGCUGUGUUUUCCAAGGUAGCUCUUCGCACAAUUCGAUCAGUUUCUAGAAAGGUGUUCUCACAUUUACAUGAUCUUGACCUUCGUUACCACCUUAGUCGAGAAACAGGUGCUUUGAACAGAAUUAUUGAUCGUGGUAGCCGUGCAAUAAACUUUAUCCUCUCAGCUAUGGUUUUCAACGUUGUUCCUACCAUUUUGGAGAUAUCUAUGGUAUCAGGUAUAUUAGCAUACAAGUUCGGAGCUGCCUUUGCCUGGAUCACCUCUCUUUCUGUUGGAUCAUAUAUCGCUUUCACGUUAGCUGUGACACAGUGGCGAACCAAGUUUAGAAAGGCUAUGAACAAAGCUGAUAAUGAUGCUAGCACAAGGGCUAUUGAUUCUCUGAUAAAUUAUGAGACAGUUAAAUAUUUUAACAAUGAAGGUUAUGAGGCUGAAAAGUAUGACCAGUUCCUGAAAAAAUAUGAAGAUGCUGCAUUACAAACUCAAAGAAGUCUUGCUUUCUUAAACUUUGGACAAAGUAUCAUAUUUAGCACUGCUCUGUCAACAGCAAUGGUGUUGUGCUCUCAGGGUAUCAUGAAUGGCCAGAUGACAGUCGGUGACUUGGUUAUGGUGAAUGGACUUCUCUUUCAGUUAUCUCUUCCUCUAAACUUUUUGGGUAGUGUUUACCGUGAAACCAUUCAAAGCCUUGUGGACAUGAAAUCAAUGUUCCAGUUGCUAGAGGAGAAAUCUGACAUCACAAAUAUACAUGACGCAAAGCCUCUUGUACUAAAAGGUGGAAGCAUUCAGUUUGAAAAUGUACACUUCAGUUACCUUCCCGAGAGGAAAAUUUUAGAUGGAAUUUCCUUCCUUGUACCGGCAGGAAAAAGUGUGGCAAUUGUUGGUACUAGUGGGAGCGGCAAGUCAACAAUUCUUAGAAUGUUAUUCAGAUUCUUUGACACAGAUUCUGGAAAUGUAAAGAUUGACGGGCAAGAUAUAAAGGAAGUGAGACUAGAUAGCCUCCGAAGCUCCAUAGGAGUUGUGCCGCAAGAUACUGUGCUCUUUAAUGAUACAAUAUUUCAUAACAUACAUUAUGGACGUCUUUCAGCUACAGAAGAAGAGGUGUAUGAGGCUGCUCGUCGUGCUGCAAUUCAUGAAACGAUCAGCAAUUUCCCUGAUAAAUAUUCCACAAUCGUUGGGGAAAGGGGGCUCAAGUUGAGUGGUGGAGAGAAACAAAGAGUGGCACUUGCACGGGCAUUUCUGAAAUCUCCUGCGAUUCUGUUGUGUGAUGAGGCAACAAGUGCACUGGAUAGCACAACAGAGGCAGAGAUACUGAACGCACUCAAGGCACUGGCGACUAACAGGACAUCAAUCUUCAUUGCCCACAGGCUGACUACUGCGAUGCAGUGUGACGAGAUAGUAGUACUGGAAAACGGGAAGGUGGUGGAGCAGGGCCCCCACGAUGUGCUGCUGGGAAAGGCUGGAAGAUAUGCUCAGCUUUGGACACAACAAAACAGCAGUGUGGAUAUGCUUGAUGCGGCUGUGAAAUUGGACUAGUAUCCCAGAGAGGCAAAUGUGUAAAAUUUAUAUUUAUAUCUCAAUUGAUUUUGUAUGGUUAUUAGCAGAUAGGUUCCCAAAGAACGAACACGAGACAAAGGGAAUAAUAAUGGUGAAUGAUUUAUUUGACACGA